AAUAUAAUAAUAUUUUAACAAUGGGGAGAGAUAGAGACCUAAGCAAGGAUCGUAGAAGAUCCCGCUCCAGAGACAAGACUCGUGAUAAGAAGAAAAAGAGGAGUUCCUCCAGAGAUAAAAGGAGAAAAUCCAAACGUGACGAUAGCUAUGAACGUAGAAGAAGAAAGGAUGACAAGAAGAAAAGAAGAAGGAGAAGGUCUUCUUCAAGUGACUCCAGUGGGCAUAGAGGUAAGAGCAGAAAAAGUAGAAGAAGGUCCAAUUCAAGAGAGAAGGAAGCUAAGAGGCAAGCUAGACUGGCCAAAGCCAGACUUCUUAGUCUUCAAUUGAUGAAUCAAGAUAAUGAAUUAGAGGAAGAUAUGCCUCUUAAGCAAGAAGAGGAGUAUGAUGAGAAUGCCCAGUUUAAAGAGCAACUGAGGCUUUUUGAAGAAUCUGGACUUGAAGGAAAGAAACUCACUGAGGAAGAGAAAAAUGAAAAUGGUGAGAAACCUGAUAUUGCUGACGAUACUAAAACUGGUGAGGAGCUUAAAGAAGAUUCUAGAAUUAAAUCGGAUGCUCUAAAGCCGAAGAAUGCUGCUCAAGAUGCCAACAAGAUAACGAUAAGGAUUCGUUAGA